UAUCCUCAGUCUUCGCGGGUCCGCAAGAAUAAAUAAUCAUUAAAAAAAACUUAUUACUAAAUUAAAAAAAGAAACUUUUCUCCUUAUUUUUCUCCUGUCAUUUCUAUUCUUUCUUAAAUCUUUCAAUUUGGCACGAAAUCCCACGAGGGCCCCUCUCUCCUUUCCUUCCUCCUUCCCACAAGCCUGGACCUCUUUCAAACAAACAUAUAAACAGAACAAAGAGGAAGCUCUCAUGGAAAUGUGAGGGGAGCUAAUAGAGAAGAAGAAAAACUUUAAAAGAUGUCGGGUUUUAUUGGUGUUCUCGUCUCUGAUCCUUGGCUUCAAAGCCAAUUCACCCAAGUGGAGCUAAUGGGCCUCAAUUCCAAAUACCUCUCUACAAAGGGUGAAACAGGACAAAUCACAGUAGAAAAAAUGCCGCCUCUAAUGGCAAAGUUGAAGGGUCUUAAUAAUGUGCUCACCAAGGAAGAUAUCUCCACAAUCCUAGCCGAGUCAAAUCCUGACACAAGCAAGGAGAUAGAUUUUGAGUCAUUUCUUCGGGCCUAUUUGAAUCUUCAAUCUCGUGCAGCAGAAAAAGUGGGCGGUAAAAAGAAUACUACAUCUUUCUUGAAGGCCACAACAACAACGCUUCUCCACACCAUUAGUCAAUCUGAGAAAGCAUCUUAUGUGGCGCAUAUUAACAACCAUCUUGGAGAGGAUCGAUUCUUGAAGAAGUACUUGCCAAUAGAUCCAGCUACCAACGGGCUAUUUGACCUUGCUAAGGAUGGAGUGCUCUUAUGUAAAUUGAUCAAUGUGGCGGUUCCGGGAACAAUAGACGAGAGGGCUAUCAACACAAAACAAGAGCUGAAUCCAUGGGAGAGGAAUGAGAAUCACACUCUUUGUUUGAACUCUGCGAAGGCUAUUGGGUGCACUGUUGUCAAUAUUGGAGAACAGGAUCUUGUCGAAGGGAGGCCUCAUUUGCUACUCGGGCUGAUUUCUCAAAUAAUCAAGAUACAAUUAUUAGCUGAUCUGAAUCUCAAGAAGACGCCUCAGCUGGUGGAGCUAGUAGAAGAUGGCAAGGAUGUUGAGGAGCUAUUGAGCUUGCCACCGGAAAAGAUGUUACUAAAAUGGAUGAAUUUUCAUCUCCAGAAAGCAGGCUACAAGAAAACUGUAACCAAUUUUUCUUCUGAUGUGAAGGAUGGAGAGGCUUAUGCUUAUCUUCUUAAUGCUCUUGCACCUGAACAUAGCAGUACGGAAAUACUGGAUACCAAAGAUCCUACUGCAAGGGCACAAAUGGUAAUUGAACAAGCGGAAAAAUUGGAUUGCAAAAGAUACGUAACUCCAAAGGACAUUGUUGACGGUUCAAGUAAUCUGAAUCUUGCAUUUGUUGCACAAGUAUUCCAGCAUAGGAAUGGUCUAUCUGCAGAUACCAAAAAAAUUUCCGCUGCUCCCGUGGAUGAUGAUGUCCUGGUAUCUAGAGAAGAAAAGUCCUUCCGGAUGUGGAUUAAUAGUCUUGGCAUUGCUACAUAUGUUAAUAAUUUGUUUGAGGAUGUCAGAAAUGGGUGGGUCCUUUUGGAGGUUCUUGACAAAGUAUCUCCUGGAUCAGUUAAGUGGAAGCAGGCUUCAAAGCCUCCAAUUAAAAUGCCAUUCAGAAAGGUAGAAAAUUGCAACCAGGUCAUAAGGAUUGGAAAAGAAUUGAACUUUUCACUAGUAAAUGUAGCAGGAAAUGACAUCGUACAAGGAAACAAGAAGCUCAUUCUUGCUUUUCUAUGGCAGUUGAUGAGAUCAAAUAUUCUUAAACUCCUUAAGAACUUGCGAGGCCACUCCCUAGGAAAAGAGAUCACAGAUGUUGAUAUUCUAAAUUGGGCUAAUAGAAAGGUGAAAAAAUCUGGCAGAACUUCCCAAAUGGACAGUUUCAAGGACAGGAACCUGUCAAAUGGAAUAUUUUUCCUGGAGCUUCUCAGUGCUGUUAAACCUAGAGUUGUUAACUGGAAACUUGUUACAAAGGGCGAAGAUGAGGAGGACAAGAGACUGAAUGCUACUUAUAUAAUAAGUGUUGCUAGGAAGAUCGGUUGUUCUGUGUUCUUGUUGCCUGAAGACAUCAUGGAGGUAACUAGUAGCAUUACAAUUUCGCUUACAGCCAGCAUCAUGUACUGGAGCCUGCAAAAUCAACCUGCAGAUAACUCGGCCCCUCCAUCUCCACCCUCAGAGCCUUCUGCCGAUGGAGAAGAUGAAAGCGCUGUCACUGAAAGUGUUGAGAAUUUGACCAUCAAUGACACCUCUUCUUAGACUUGAGAAGCAGAAAAUAUCGUCGGAUAAUAUAUAUUGGUAGAAAGCAUAUGGUGUCUUCUCACACUGCUGAUAGAAAGAUGCCUCUUAUUUUGAUGUUUUAGUUUUUUUAUUUGAAUGUAAAAUCUAUUGUUUUGGUUAUUCGAAGAAAGAAAAGAAAAGAAUGUGAGUAUCGGCAUAAUUCACAGAUACUGGAUUAUGUUAUAAGUAUUUUUUUUGACAUUCAAUUUUGUUCAUCUAUUGAAGAAAAUCUUCCUGAAUUCGUUAA